AACUGGACAUGUGCAGGUCCCCUGCCAUUUUACACUUACCAGUUACACACCCGUUGGACUACAGUGUGCUGGUUGACGGAGCGUACUGUAUUCCUCACGGUAUACUGUUACUAGGCAUAUACACUUAACUGUACACGUCGCGUUUCUUCUGCUACUUCUCGCCGCCCAGUCCUUGGCUGUAGCCCUACUGAGGGGUGUUUGGUUCUUGUGGUGGGUGGAGUACCUCUCUCCAGCAAUCAUGUCAGGCUUCAAUCUGCUCCACCUAAUAACGAAGAGCCAGCCUAGAGCUCUGAGGUCCUGCAGUCUUCCAUCAGGAGCACACAGGACUAAGAACACAUGGCCACUGAGCUUUUCUCAGGAGGAGCUGAGGAAACGGCUCACACCAAUGCAAUACCAUGUUACCCAGGAAAGAGGAACUGAGAGGGCCUUUACUGGAGAAUUCACACACUACAAGGAUGAGGGGACCUACACUUGUGUUGUCUGUGGGGCUUUGCUGUUCAGCUCGAACACUAAAUUUGACUCAGGCUCAGGUUGGCCAUCCUUCUCUGACCUUGUGAAGGAGGAGUCCAUCACUCAGUCAGAUGAUUUCUCCUAUGGAAUGCAGAGAGUGGAGACUGCCUGCAGUCAGUGUGGAGCUCAUCUGGGACACCUGUUUGAUGAUGGACCAAGACCCACAGGAAAACGCUACUGUAUUAACUCGGCCGCACUGGCUUUCCAGCCCAAACACACUCUUUCCUUCUCCGAGGGUGGGGCUACCAGUAGCAAAAUGGCUGAUGGAAAGACUGAGCUUUGAACCAAAGACUCCACUGCAUACAUACAAUAGUUAAUAUUUUUUGAUUGAUGCUCAAUCCUUAGACACAAACCAGUGUUUAGUGUUCCAAUUGAAUGUUUUAUAUUUUCAGUGUUACAUAAGCAGCUGUUGCUCAGGGGUAGAGUCAGCAUCUUGUAAUCAGAAGGUCCUGAUGUGCUUGUCAACACCUUGCAUGGCAGCCACCACCAUCAGUGUAUUAAUGUAUUACUGUAAGUUGCUUUUUACAAAAGCAUCUGGUAAAUGUAUAUAUAAAUCGAGGUCAUAUUACAACACAGGUUUGUACAACAAAAUGCAAAUUGAAGUUCCAUUAAAAAAAAGUUUUUUUUUAUGCCAGCAAGUUGAGGAUGAGUUAGUCUCACAGCCUGAGGAAAGAAGCUGCUUUAUAGUCUGGUGGUAAGGCUACAGAUACUGCUGUAUCUUCUGCCAGACGGCAGCAGGGUGAACAGACUGUGACUUCAAUUCCCAGUGCUUGGCAGAUGAGUACCAAUGAUGUUCUGGGCAGUGAUGUUUUGUCCUAUUUUAAGAUUAUCUGCUUACAUUAGUUCAAACAUUCAAGUACAUCUUUGUAGAAAAAAAGUCUAUUCUUGUUUGCAGUUGAGUUGUCUCUGAAUCUGUUGAACUUGAGUCAGCAAUGGUGUGUUCCUCCAAUUUACAGGUGUGAUUUUUUUUUUUUUUUAGCAGACAUUAAAGUAUGUAAAGUAUAUGUCUCUGGUCUUUUCCUGUUCGAUUUUGGGGAUGGAGUCCAAGUACAAAUAGACUGCUAACACCUUGUAAAUAUGUGGAUUCAGUUCUUAUUUGGCAGAUUUAUUUUCAUUAUCAUAAUAAAAUACUGUUUAAUAACUA